AUGAACCAUUACCAACAAGACCAAAUGAUGCUCAUUUCUCAGCUAUUUCCUGCAAGUGCGCAUGCUUACACUGAUAUACCUUCUCAACAAGUGGAGAAGAAGCAAAGACGCAGACGUAACAAGAAGAGUAAAGGUGGAGAUAACACCGCAAAUGAAAUGAACAAGAAACGGAAACUCAGUGAAAAACAAGUAAUUCUGUUGGAAGAACACUUUGGAAAUGAACACAAACUUGAGUCAGAGAGAAAAGAUAAACUCGCAAUGGAACUUGGUUUGGAUCCAAGACAAGUUGCUGUCUGGUUUCAAAACCGUAGAGCUCGUUGGAAGAACAAGAAACUCGAAGAAGAAUACACAAAUCUGAAAAAGUUCCAUGAAUCUACCAUGCUUGAGAAAUGUUUGCUUGAAACCGAGGUAUUGAAAUUGAGGGAACAACUUUCUGAAGCUGAGAAGGAAAUUCAGAGACUUCGAGAACCUAUUGAAGUAGUUCCAACUAACAGUUCAAGUACUUCAUCAAUGUCUCACUCAAUGGAAGUAGUGGAACCACCACCAUUUUUUGAUGAAUUUGAAGCUGAUAAUGUAUAUAAUGAUAAUGUGUUUUUGAUGCCUUACUUCAAUGACAUCGAAUGGACAUAUAUCUAG